AUGUCUCUGCCACUCAAACCUUUGACGCUAGAUUCUAAUAGCAAACAGUUGGAUAGCAGACAGAAGAAGUUUUGCUCAAAUGUUGAAAAGGCAAUUAAGAAAUUCGAUUUGGUGAACGAGUGGGCGGAUUACAUUGCCAGUUUGGGUACCCUUUUGAAAGCAUUACAAAGCUGGUCUCCUAAAUUUCAGAACGUCAAGUACUUUGUCCCUUACCCAUACGAUGUAAGUAGACGAUUAUCCUCAUCAUUGUCACCUUCUUUACCUGCAGGUGUGCAUCUGAAGACUUUAGAAGUAUACACCUACAUCUUUGAAAACAUUGGAAUUGAAGCUUUGGCCCAUGAGUGCAAUAUAUGGAUACCAGGUAUCUUACCUUUAAUGACAUAUGCGUCAAUGUCAGUUCGAUCUAGAGUAAUUGAACUAUAUGAUAAUUAUAUCUUAACUCUGCCGUCAGAAAUUUUGAAAGUUAUUAUAAGGCCAUUAUUGUCCAGUUUGUUUCCCGGCUUAGAGGAUGAAAGUAGCGAGUAUCUGGAUCAAACAAUAAAAUUAAUUGAAACACUACAGGAAAACCUUGGUGAUGAUUCACUAUUUUGGCAAACAUGCUUUUUAGUUAUCUCAACAUACAGUGAUAGAAGAGCAGGUGGCUUGGUUUGGCUGACCAGAAAAUUUCCAUCACUAAAUGCUAUACCACAUAAAAUCGCCGAACGUAAUAAAAUCAAGGUCAAUAGUACAGGAGGCUCCACAAAUAGCAUGCAAGAUAGAAAGAAGGUAAAGGAAGAUGCUUUAGCUACUUUACUCCCAUCAGCAAAGAAUUUAGUCACCCCUGAACCUGGCCUUCUAAUAAGGUGCCUUGUCAGUUGCUUAGAACCAGAAAACGAUAUUCUUAUCAAAAGAGGGAUACUUGAUCUACUUUUGCAACGAGUAAGAAUAGACUCGCCAGUUAUUCAAGUAUUAAUCAGUCCCGAAGACAAAAAACUUUUAAUUAUGUCCUGUUGCAAGACAACAUUAAAUAAGGAUAUGUCUCUUAAUAGACGUGUUUGGAAUUGGUGUCUCGGAUUCUCCUCUUCAACAACCAGAAGUUCCAAUGGGAGUACCACAAGUGUUAAUAGUGGAGCUUCAGAUAAAGGAGAUAAUUCUCAGGAUAAGUCGAAUGAAUACUUUAGGACUAAUGGCCUUUUGUGUUUGAAGCAAGGUAUAGAGGACCUGCUUUAUAAUGAGACUGAUGUUGUUACUGCUUUCAAGCUAUGCAUAUCAAUAAUGGACAGAUGGGAGAUAGGGUCGAUGAUAAUUCCAACCAUAUUCACUAAUCUAUUAUUAGCGAGCUAUAAAAUGAAAGAAAAUGAAUUAGUAAUGAAGGCAGCUGGUGUUUUUUUUGAUGCAGUAGAAACAAAUAUAAUAUGGGGAAAUGUUAUCAACCACUUUUUUAUUACCAAUGAUAUCUUCUUAAUACAGUUUGUUAUCAAUAAUUUUAACAUUUCGACUGAUGAGGAAAUUAUUGUUAAUCAUUUACCGUUGGUACUGUUAAGCUUAUUAACCGAGUAUGAGAUAUUUGCUGAACUUGAUGGCGCCAAACAAACACAGUAUUAUAAUUUGUGUUAUAACAUAUUGACUGUCAUUCCAGAAAGAGCUUUUACAACCAUAUCAAAUUCAACUGUUAUGGACAUCUCGCACAUUUCGGACGGAUCAGUAAUUGAGGCUAUAAAAUGCUACUAUGGAAAAGUAUCUGAUCCAUCUUCGUUUAUGAUUUCUGAUGCAAAUAGCAUUGAAAGACCGUAUAGCAUGGAAGUUAUGACAGCGUUAAUACUAAACAAAACCACAAAUAUUGUGCUGUCUCAAUUACACAACCAAUUACAUCUCAAUGAUGCUACAAAACUUUUCAUAUACACUUAUGAGAAGAUCCCAGAGUCCAAUCAACAGGCCAAAAAAAUUGAUACUAUUGAUGAUGAAUUGAGUAACACAGUGUUUGGAAGCUUAAAGAAAAUUACUGAAACUGAUAUGGAAUAUAUCUCUGGACUUGUAGAUUUAUUCGGAAAUUAUCUGUGCAAGCGUAUGGAUUUUAUUGAAUCCAUCAAACUUUUAAAUUUGUUAGUACAGUCAUUAUGGCCAUUCUUGAAGGUACCCAAAAGUCAAGACCCUGCUAUAAGGUGCCUUGAAUCAAUUGAAAGGUCUAUCCCAACAGACUAUGUGGAAUCGGCGGUCGCAAAUGCGUUUGCAAAAGAGGAAUCUUUGAAUGUUAGAAUUGACGUUUUAAAUUUACUAUGGAUUAGUUUGCCACAAACGUCCACCCUCUACAUUAGACCCUUGGAAAUUAUUUUUGAUGAGCUAAAUAACUCACAAAAUCCAUACUAUCUGUCUGUUUCCAAAUGGAUUUAUUCACUGAAUACGGCUGGAACCAUCAAUAAUUUAUUUAGAAUCAUCAUGAAUCAGCUUUCUGAAUUUGAAUUUUUCAAAAGAGACACUAUUAAAGAGACUGAUGAUUUGGACAUGUUUACUUACCGAAUCCAGAUUAUUAAGAAUGUACUCAGUACUAAUAACCAUUCAAUUUUAAAAACUUUUGCUUCUGAAAUCAACACUACUGUUAUGAUAAAAACACUAGGAAAUGAGGAUGUUUCUACAUAUAAGAGCUGCUGUGUGGCCAUCAUAAUAAACUUUUUAAAGAAGCAAAAUAACACCCAUCCUAGAAGUAUUAGGAGUUCAUUAGUUUUACUCGAUUUGCUGCUGGACGGUUCGGAGGCGAACUUCAAAGAAAUUGUAAUAUUUCUUUUAGAAAAAUCAUCAUUCUAUAUUUCGCAAGGGGAAAUUGAAUCUGAAUUGAUUGCCGUUGCUCUAAUUGAUAUCGUUUCUAAGGUAUUGAUGAUAUCUCAUCAAAAUGGAAUUAAACUGGAUAUUUUCGACGACAAUAGUACUCAUUUGAAGUAUAUUGAUUAUUUAGUAACCAGUGUUUCCACCAUGGAAGGGCCAUUCAUUGUUACAGCUUAUGUUAAGUUACUAUCCGAGAGUAUCGCAUACUUUGAGAACUCAAUUUUUAGAACGAUCCUUCCACUUACUGCUUCAAUGGUCCAAUGUAUAGGAAGAUUAUUUGAAAAGGAGAAGGAGUCAGGGGGUUACCUUGAACCAAUAUUGCUUUUGCUAGGAGGAUUAGAGGAGUUAUUAGAGGUAUCUCACGGUUUUUUAACAGCAGGUGAAAAAGACAAUUACUUUGGUAAUACUGCAAAAUCGGAUUUUUUACAGUCAGUUGUAUCAAACGUUUUCUCUUCCGAAAACACCGCCGUAGAUAUAAAGAUUCAAGGUGAGAGAGAUGUGAUCAUCCAGUCUUUCAAACAAGUUACUAAUAGUGCCUACAGAAUUUGGUCUUGGGCUCACAUCCAAUCUAGAAUAUCAUUAAAAUCAAAUCCAUCGAAUUCGGGAACACACGCAAACUAUAAAUUGAAAUUUGGUGCCAAAAAAUUAUUGGAGAAAUUGUACAUUUUGGAACCACUUGAAACACUAGAAACUUUAAUAAGCACCAAUAAAAAUGAAACAACAGUUCCUCUAAUCCAAGCCUUGGAUGGUAAUCGUCCUGCCUUAACUAUUCCUUCUUACUUUUCAAGUAUAGUCCUACGUUGCAACAAAAAUUCCACGGUAAGGUUUUCCUCCAAUACUUCUUCCAAAACAACAACAUUUAAAGGAAUGAAAUCUGAUCCAUCCCUUCUAAAUAAAUUACAUGCAGAUGCCAUUAUGCAAAACCUACUAGACUAUGUCAAGACAUUGGAGAAUACGGCAAUGGAGGAUUUUUAUGGUGACUAUAUUUUAUUUUUAAAAGAGGUUUCUAACAAUCAAUAUCUAUACAAAAAUGUUUGCUUACAGGUGAUGGAUUUAUGCGUUGUUAUUGCGGAUAAACUUUCAAGGUCCAAGUUUGGUGAACAAAAAAGACCAAGAAAAGAUCUUUCUGAUUUGUGCUUCAAGUAUAUCCCUGCUGCAGUAGAAGGGCUGGCAAAGAGUAAAGAAAACUACAACCAUAUUUUGGAAACUCUAACAAAGGUUACUAGAAAUAUAACCUUACUUCUCAAUGAAAAUGAAUCUGGUGAUAAGGUUCAUGCUGUUAUUACGUCUAUUAUAUCAAACAUUGUUGUACCACAUUUGAAAACGGAGGAUGCUGUUUUUAGCAUGCCAGAAUUUAUGUCUCUUCUUACUGAAUUGGUAAAAGUUAGUGGUCGAGUAAAGCUAUGGAGACAAGUUAUCGGAGAUGCAUUCAAUGAUGACACAGUACUUAUUGAAAUACUUCAAAACAUAAAAUGGCAAGAUAUCAUAUUUAAAUGGUCAGAUUAUGAGGAACAUAAGUACAAACUUCUUUCUGAUUUGACAAUGUUAGUAACUACAAAAAAAUCUGCCUUGGCUCCAACCGCAAUUUCUUUUAACUCUUGGGGUGAUUCAGAAGACAAUACAAAAAAGAAAAAUGUUUUAAGAAUAGCUUAUCUUCUCAUGAUUAGUCCAAAAGACUACUACUUGAUGCAUUUUGAACCGCUUAUUUCAUAUGCACUAUCUACUCUUUCGUCACAGGAACAUACUUUCAAGUCCGAAUUCUGGGCAUUGUUGAGAGUAAUUUUUAUGAAGUUUUCCUUAUCCCAUUUUACCUCAACUUGGCCUCUGAUCAGCUAUGCCUUACAAACAAAUCUUCAAGAGUUUUAUGAAAAUAUCCAAAUCCAAAAUUUCACUAACCCAGAGGCCACAUUUCAGUUAUGUAAAACGCUUGAUCAACUAUUAGCAAUGAAUAUAGAGGGUUUCUGUGCUACAAAUGAAUGGAUUUUUAUUAUUGAUACCAUAAACUGUAUUUACAAGACGAACUCAUAUGUCGCCUUGGCUGAUUCAAUUGCAUCUUGCAAAGAAUUUGAGAUAACUACUAUGGAUGAUCUAAAUUUAUCGAAGAACAUAUCUUCGUUCAAACCAUUAUUAUUGGGAGUUCACAAAAUUGACAGACAUAACCAGUUACGCAGUUUUUUCCAAAACCUGAGCUACGUCCAUUAUGAAAGCACUUAUAUGAUGGUCAAGUUUGAUACAAACGAAUUCUUGAAUGAUACUAAUAGUGACCUAUUAUAUCUGAUAAAAAAAUCAUGA